AUGGUGUCGAAUUUGUCAACUAUAUUUCGGACCAAGAAUCAAACUAAGAAGAAUAUCAAAAACAACGUGAAUCCAGCCGUUUCGAGUAGCAGCGAAGAAGGCAACAAAGCUACCAGCAUGGUCCUUGUACCUCCGGUUACCGUGCAAAAGGAAAAAGAAGAAAUCAAGGCGGAUUCCAACGAAGCGUCAAGCUCGCUUAUCGAGAUUCCCACAGUUGAAGUGACCUCGCCAACACCGGAGCCAAACGGAGACAUCCAGAAGGAGGACAACCAGAAGGAUGGCAAUGGGAAUUCACAGGCAUAUGAAAAGAUGGUGUUCAUCGAGGAUGUGAUUAGUCAAAAGUUUAAUGAAACUCUUGAAAAAAUAAUUAAAUGGAAGAACGAGAUUACUACGAAAAUCAAGGAAUCUGAUAUCGAUUUUGCCAAGGAAUCUGUGAAAAUAGCCUACAAUGUGGCCGCUUUCUUGGCUAUAGCAUUUGUCUCAAUCGUAUUAGUAGCUUUGUUCCGUUCAGUCUUCAUCAAACCCGAUAUCAAACAAAACGGAUGGUUCUGCAGCUGGUUUGCGGCUCCGUUUGAUCCAUUGUUCAAUGCGCUUUGUGAGCAACGAACCCCAAAUAUUGCUGACCGUUUUUCCAAUGAAAUUGCCUGGAUUUUCAAUGAUCUGAUCACCGGUGUUCACACAAUUUUCAAUAACGUUUGUGAUGGAUUCGCUGUCUUCGGAACAUUAUUCUCAGCAAUUUUCUCCGGUGUCCGAAACAACUUGUGUUUCGGCUUUCAUGAGCUUGGAGAGAAUGUCGAGGAAAAUAUCGCCUAUCUUUUCCGUUUCGUUUUCCAAAUGUUCGACGCGGUCAUCUAUUUGUUCACCAGUACUAUUGCCACAAUUGCUGGCGGAGUUGCUGGAAUCGCCUCGUCAAUUCAAGAAUUCUUUUCGGCUGAAUCCGAUAAUCACUGGUCCUAA